AUGGCGACAGGCUUUUCUCAGCCUCAAGGCAUUUCCCCUGCUCAGGGGUUGAGCGUUGCGGACAAAGGCACCUCGCAGGCAAGUUUCCAUCUUCGUUGUUCCACUUGGAACAAUACAAGUUCCUAUCAAGCUUUUUUUAAGAAGACCAAAGAAGGACUUGACUAUCAAACAGCUCCGCCGGGAACUACAUCCAAAAACGAGACAGAUAGGAGACUGUUGAAGGUCGGCCGGCGAGCGAAGCCCGAAGAGAGUCCAGAGGCAGAGGCGGGGGAGGACGACCUUGCGGACCUUAGUCAGGACAUGCAAGCGGCGUCCCUGAAAGGGCCUCAAGAGAAGCGCCGCAGGGUUGUGCUCUCUCAAUCCGAGGCCGAGUGGAAUACAAGCGAAGAAGGGAGUGACGCUGACAGCGGGGAGGACAUUGAAGGGGCGGAGUUUGAGCCGCGUGAGGAGAAAAGCCAGGAGCCGACUUCCGAGGACGAAAGGAUGAUUGAUGACACGCCUGCCGCCGGCUAUGCCAAUCCAGUCAUGGAGUACGGCCAAGCCAAUGCUGAGCUGUUUGAGAGCAGCCCAUAUGGGGCCCCUGCCUUUCAUCGUGGAGACGUCCCCGUCGUCUCAGCAGCGGACUAUCAAACAGCUCCGCCAAGAACUACAUCCAAAAACGAGACAGAUAGGAGAUCGUUGAAAGUCGGCCGGCGAGCGAAGCCCGAAGAGAGUCCAGGGGAGGCAGAGGCGGGGGAGGACGACCUCGCCGAUCUCAGUCAGGACAUGCAAGCAGCGUCUCUGAGAGGGCCGCAAGAGAAGCGCCGCAGGGUUGUGCUCUCUCAAUCCGAGGCCGAGUCCGAUACAAGUGAAACAGGGAGUGACGCUGACAGCGGGGAGGACAUUGAAGGGGCGGAGUUUGAGCCACGUGAGGUGGAAAGCCAGGAGCCGAAUUCUGAGGACGAAAGGAUGAUCGACAACGCGCCUGCCGCCGGCUGUGCCAAUCCGAUCAUAGAAUACGGCCAAGCCAAUGCUGAGCUGUUUGAGGACAGCCCACAUGGGGCCCCUGCCUUUCAUCGUGGAGAUAUCCCCGUUGUCUCGACUGCGGUGGGUUUUGUUCCUUAA